ACACAGCCCACCGACAGCUCUCUCAGUCUAAGGACAACAGAACGAGGGAACCGGUUGUGCUGUUGUGUUCAUGAAACCAGAACGUGUAUGUAAUCGUCUGGUGAACCGUGUUGGGACUCAUCCUUCAUCACUUCCUCUGUUUCACAGGUGACAUUGUUUCGAUACUGAUUUAUAUGUUCAUAGUACUGAAGCAAAUAAAGUGUUCACGUAAUCAAAAUGUAAAUCUUUCUUUAAAGCUUGGAGGAGGAUUCUACAUGGAGGCGUUGAGUAGAAACGGAGAAGAGAACGCAUAUUCUGCUUCAUGUGUUUCUAUUCGUUAUGUUUAUUAGCCUCUUCAGUGAUAACACAGUAUUUAUGUACUACUGUAAAUAAUGAGCUGCGUCAGUGACAUGUCUACAGGCUGAUUGAGCAAUUAAGUGUCGCUUUGUUUUUCUCUGAGUUUCUACACAUCACAGCUCUCUGUCCAUUGUUCGUAUUUUAAUAAAGCAAUUAUGCUUGAUCACUGAGUCAGGUCAUGGAACAGCAGCCUAUAAGACGUAAGUCUGGGAGGAGUAUGAACUGGGAGGGGAAGUGGUACAACUGGUAAGUUCACAGCAUCAUUUCCUUACUGAGUCAGAGGGUUUGGUGUGGUGCACUUCACAGCAGGAAGAAGGCUAAGGUACUGGACUUUACUUUGUGAUAUAUCAUGAAUAUACAUAACUUUGAAUCUUAUCAAAAGGUUGACGGUUAGUUUUCUUUAAAAACACUUUAAAAACGUUAGUAAAUGUAUGGAUGCUAAGCAACGUGCGAUACUAUGAUUAUAAUAUUUAGACAGGAAGAUGGCCAUCUUGGUUAGUGAAGGUGUUUAAACGUGAUCUUGACCUGGGUCUUCUUCUCUGUGGUCCUGCAUCAGAGAUCUGCUUGUGAUGUCAUACAACAUGAGGAAGUCCAUAUAUGGACAUGCCUUCAAAGUAGCAUAACCAGCAUAGGGAUUAGUAUGCAUGAUAUCCGCACGGUAAAAUUGAUCUUGCUCAGACACAUUUGAAGCCCUAUAAGAGAUUCUGUGUUGAAUGAUGAACAGUUAUUAAAUAGUUAUUAAAUAGUCCUCAUUGAGAAUGAGAGGGGCUAUGAAUCUCUUCUAGGAAAAACCACCCUGCCUCUCGACCAAAUUAAACAGAGACAACAGCCCCCUGUGACCGGCAAUAAGAAGCUCCUAUAAAAUCAGCGAAUAAACAAUCACUGUCAGUAGAAAGAAUAUGUAGUAGUGUUUGUGUCCAGGUCUCCAGUCUGCUAUGGAUGAGGAGAGAGAGGAGGGGGGACCUACCUCUAAAACCACUCUGUCUGGGGAACAUGGCCGCCAGAGCAAAGCUAAGAGCCCAGAGCAGCAGGAGAGAGCAGACUCCCCUGGACCCAGCUGUGUCUCCAUGAAGAGUGACAACUCUUUGGAACAACCUGUUAACUUUAAAGAUGGAAAUCAGUCUAUUGAGAAGAGACGAGUCCAGCAGGAGGGAGCAGACUCCCCUGGACCCAGCUGUGUAUCCAUGAAGAGUGACAACUCUUUGGAACAACCUGUUAACUUUAAAGAUGGAAAUCAGUCUAUUGAGAAGAGACGAGUCCAGCAGGAGGGAGCAGACUCCCCUGGACCCAGCUGUGUCUCCAUGAAGAGUGACCACUCUAUGGAACAACCUGUUAACUUUAAAGAUGGAAAUCAGUCUAUUGAGAAGAGCCCAGAGCAGCAGGUGAGAGCAGACUUCCCUGGACCCAGCUGUGUCUCCAUGAAGAGUGACCACUCUAUGGAACAACCUGUUAACUUUAAAGAUGGAAAUCUGUCUAUUGAGAAGUUCCCAGAGCAGCAGGUGAGAGCAGACUUCCCUGGACCCAGCUGUGUCUCCCUGCAGAGUGACCACUCUAUGGAACAACCUGUUAACUUUAAAGAUGGAAAUCAGUCUAUUGAGAAGUUCCCAGAGCAGCAGGUGAGAGCAGACUUCCCUGGACCCAGCUGUGUCUCCCUGAAGAGUGACCACUCUAUGGAACAACCGUAUAACUUUAAAGAUGGAAAUCUGUCUAUUGAGAAGUUACAACCCCAGGAGAGGUCAAAGGUUACCAGUGCACAGUCUGUACAGCAGCAUCAAACAGAGUUGAUCAAGAGGACUGAGGAGAACGCACACGCUUUUCUAGACAAGGAGCUGAAGAAGCUCUGGAAGGUUCUCCUCCCAGAUUACCCACAAUGCUCAGAGAGCCAGAGGGAGAAGGAGCAGGAGGUUGAUGGUAAUAACGAAGAGCAGAAGAGACGCGCCAUAGAGGGAGUGGUAGACAUCACAAAGCUCUGCCUGAUGGAGAUGAACCAGGAGGAACUGAUUGACACACUGUUGAGCGGAACUGUUGCUGUUCAGUGCCAACAUAGAAUCAAGUUUCAUCUGAAGGAUAAGUUCAGUUGUGAGUUUGAGGGAAUCCCUAAAGCUGGACAGCCAACAGGUCUGAAUGACUUCUACACAGAGCUCUUAAUCACAGCGAGAGGCAGUGGAGAGGUCAACAAGGAACAUGAGGUCAGACUGAUUGAAACAGCUUCCAGGAAACCAGCCAAGGAGGAAACAUCAAUCAAAUGUGAAGACAUCUUUAAACCCUUACCUGGGCCAGUUCAACCAAUCAGGACAAUAAUGACAACUGGAGUGGCCGGCAUUGGAAAAACCGUCUUAACACACAAGUUCACUCUGGACUGGGCGGAAGGCAAAGCCAACCACGACAUACACUUCACAUUUCUCAUGACUUUCAGAGAGCUGAAUUUACUGAAAGGGAAAGAGUUAAGCUUGGUGGAACUUCUUCAUCUCUUCUUUAUUGAAACCAAAGAAGCAGAAAUCUGCAUAUUCGACCGGUUUCAAGUUGUCUUCAUCUUGGAUGGUCUGGAUGAGAGCCGAUUUCCUCUGGACUUCCAGAACAACCAGAUCUGGACUGAUGCCACUAAGCCGACUACGGUGGACGUGCUGCUGACAAACCUCAUCAGGGGCAACCUGCUUCCCUCCGCUCGCAUCUGGAUAACCACACGCCCUGGGGCAGCCCAUCAGAUCCCUGCUGAGUGUGUUGACAUGGUGACAGAGGUGAGAGGCUUCAACGACUCACAGAAGGAGGAGUACUUCAGGAAGAGAUUCAAAGAGGAGAAGCUGGCCAGCACAAUCUUGACCCACAUCAAGAAGUCACGAAGCCUCCACAUCAUGUGUCACAUCCCAGUCUUCUGUUGGAUCACUGCUACAGUUCUGGAUGACUUCUUUAAACCAUCCCAGAGAGGAAAAAAGAUGCCCACAACCGUGACUCAGAUGUACAUCCACUUCCUGAGGGUUCAGUCCAUACAGGCGGACAGGAAGUAUCAUGGGAGAGCUGAAACAGAUCUAGACUGGAGUUCAGAGAGCAGGGAGAUCAUUGUUUCUCUUGGAAAAUUGGCUUUUAACCAGCUUGAGAAAGGCUACUUGAUAUUCUACGAGGCAGACCUGGAACAGUGUGGCAUCAAUAUCAGAGCAGCCUCAGUGUACUCAGGAGUGUUCACCCAGAUCUUUAAAGAGGAAUGUGGGCUGUACCAGGACAAGGUGUUCUGUUUUGUCCAUCUGACGAUCCAAGAAUUUCUGGCUGCCCUUUAUGUUCUUCUGUCCUUCAUCGACACUGGUGUCAAUCUGCUCUCAGAAGAACCAUCUACCUCCAGGAAAGCUAAACUCCUCCUCUACCAGAGUGCGGUGGACAAGGCCUUACAGAAUGAGAAUGGACAAAUGGACUUAUUCCUCCGCUUCCUCCUGGGCCUCUCUUUGGAGACCAAUCAGAUUCUCCUACGAGGUCUGCUGGGACAGAUAGGAAAUACCUCACGGACCAACCAAAAAACAGUCUGUUACAUCAAGGAGAAGAUAAAUGGAGAUCUCUCUCCAGAGAGAAGCAUCAAUCUGCUCUACUGUCUGAAUGAGUUGAACGACCGUUCUCUAGAGGAGGAUAUCCAACAGUAUCUGACAUCAGGAAGCCUCUCAAGGGUAUCUCUCUCUCCUGCUCAAUGGUCUGCUCUGGUCUUCAUCUUACUGUCAUCAGAAGAGGAGCUGGAUGUGUUUGACCUGGAGAAAUACUCUGCUUCAGAGGAGGGUCUUCUUAGGCUGCUGCCAGUUGUCAAAGCCUCAAAAAGAUCUCUGCUGAAUCGCUGUCAUCUGUCAGAGAGAUGCUGUGAAGCUCUGGCCUCAGUUCUCAGCUCCAACUCCUCUAGUCUGAGAGAGCUGGACCUGAGUACGAAUGAUCUGCAAGAUUCAGGAUUGAAGCUGCUCUCUGCUGGACUGGGGAGUCCACAAUGUACACUGGAAAUUCUCAGGCUGAAUGACUGUCUUCUGUCGGAGAGAUGCUGUGAAGAUCUGGCCUCAGUGCUUAGCUCCAACUCCUAUAGUUUGAGAGAGCUGGACCUGAGCUUCAAUGAUCUGCAGGAUUCAGGAGUGGAGCUGCUCUCUGCUGGACUGGGGAGUCCACACUGUACACUGGAAACUCUCAGGCUAAAUGGCUGUCACCUGUCAGAGAGAUGCUGUGAAGCUCUGGCCUCCUUUCUCAGCUCUGAUUCCUCUAGUCUCAGGGAGCUUGACCUGAGUACAAAUGAUCUGCAGGAUUCAGGAGUGAAGCUGCUCUCUGCUGGACUGGGGAGUCCACACUGUACACUGGAAACUCUCGGCUUGUCUGGCUGCCUGGUCACACAGGAAGGCUGUGCCUCUCUGACCUCAGCUCUGAGCUCCAACCCCUCCCAUCUGAGAGUGCUGGACCUGAGCUACAAUCACCCAGGAGACUCAGGAGCUACGUUGCUCUCUGCUGGACUGGAGGAUCCACGCUGGAGACUGGACACUCUCAGUGUGGAGCACGGUGGAGUAGGGAGGCUGAAACCAGCUCUAAAGAAGUAUGCCUGUGAACUAACACUGGACCAAAAUACAGCCUACAGACGACUCUCUCUGUCUGAGAACAACAGAAAGGUGAUGUUGGUUGAAGAGAAGCAGUCUUAUCCUGAUCACCCAGAGAGAUUUGACUCCUGGUCCCAGGUGUUGUGUAGAGAGGGUCUGACUGGCCGAUGUUACUGGGAGGUAGAGUGGAAAGGACCUGUUGUUAUAGGAGUGACACAAAGAGGAAUCACAAGGAGAGGAGGGGGUGUUGAUAGAAAGAUUGGAUGGAACAACAUGUCCUGGAGUCUUCAUUGUUACGAUGGUUGUUACUCCGCCUGGUACAACGGUAGUGAAACAGUCAUACGUCUCCCCUCUGCUGGCUCUAGUAGAGUAGGAGUGUAUCUGGACCGGCCUGCUGGCACUCUGACAUUCUACAGAGUGUCCCCAGAUGUAGAUGGGUCCUCAGACACACUGACACGUAUCCACACCUUCCUGUCCACCUUCACCCAGGAGGACCUCCAACCUGCGUUUGGGUUAUCUAGUAAUGCUGCCUCAGUGUCUCUGUGUCGGUUGUAGACACACACACACACACACACACACACACACACACACACAGACACAGACACAGACACAGACACACACACACACACUAUGAUUGGUUGAUGGACUCAAGUAGAAGUAGUAGAUACUUUAUUCCUCCCCUUGGGGAAAUUAACUAUACUCCAAAUUAUUAUUAACUUUUAGUGGGCUUCUGAAAGGUUUAACUUGAUGAACAAUUGAAGGAAGAGACUGUUAAGAUAUUCCAUAGGGUUAAUAAGCAGGUUUUACGACUAUAUUUCUAAUAAAAAUUGUAUUUUAAAUACUGAUAGAUGGUAAAUCAAAACAUGUUUAUACUUCAAUAAUUUAUAUAUUUUCCGAAAUUAAGUUUAAAACUAAUGCUCUGAUAAAGUUUAUACUUUGAUAAGCCUAACAUGGAACCUGAUUUAAAGCUGAUUUAAUAUUAUAUUCAUAAUAUCUAUAGGAAAAGAUGUUGAUCAUGUUGUGAAUGACUUUAAACUGAGUAUUGAUUCCUUGAGUUCCGUUGGGGAAAAAAACAGCAGCAGAACACGUUGUUAUUAUAGAUAGGUGUACACCUGUUUAUGAUUAGUAAUGUUCUGUUUUAUUCCUUGUGUACACGUAAGGGACUAUUUUUCUGUUGUACUGGUUAAUAAAGCAUCAUGGUAAUAAACAACUCAGUUGAUCAACUGAAUGUUCUUA